AAGAAUGCGUGACGUGUCCUGACGUCAUCACAGCAACACACCCACUCCCACUUUUGUUACACUUCCGCAAACUUUAAUUUUUUUUUUUCCCCUUUCGCUUCCAGUUGCUCCGCCCGGGUUUGGACCUCGUCUCACAGCUCUGUAGCACAAAACUAGAUACAUAUUUGGAAAAUGAGCGAUAUGAAAGUCAACGAGUCAAGUCCGGUGGACGACACCGCGGAGGAAAAAGACUGGGCGGCUACCAAAGCGUUUUUCGAGCAACUCAAGACAAAUAAACCGAGACCGCCUAAACCCGUUUUUGCCGUGACCAUCGCGGUGUCCUCCAGGACCCUCUUCAACAUGGUGGCCGAGAGGCUCAUCUACGAAAAGGAGGGAGUGGAGAAGUAUGUAGCCCAUCAGGUGGAGCACGAGAGUGAGCCGUUCAAGCCUGGAGCCGCUUUCCCAUUUGUCAAGGCACUGAUGACGGUCAACUCUCGGCUGAGGGCGCUCUACCCGGACAGCGAGGAGUUGUUCGACAUUGUCCUCAUGACGAACAACCACGCGCAAGUGGGAGUGCGCCUCAUCAACAGCAUCAACCACUACGAUUUGACUAUUGAAAGAUUCUGUAUGACUGGAGGGAAAAGUCCAAUAGGCUACCUGAAAGCUUACAUGACCAACCUGUACCUCUCUAAGGAUGCCGAGAAGGUCACCGAAGCCAUUGAUGAAGGCAUUGCCGCGGCCACGAUGUUCAUGCCCGAGAAAGAGAACGAGCUGUGCGACAACGAGCUGAGAGUGGCUUUCGACGGCGACGCCGUCCUCUUUUCCGACGAGUCCGAGAUCAUCGUCAAGCAGAGCGGUCUGGACAGCUUUUUUGAGCACGAGAAGAAGUUUGAGAACAAACCGCUGGCUCAGGGCCCGUUGAAGGGCUUCCUGGAGGCUUUGGGGAAGCUUCAGAGGAAAUUCUACGCCAAGAACGAGCGUCUGAACUGUCCCAUCAGAACCUUCCUGGUCACGGCCCGCAGCGCCGCCAGCUCGGGCGCUCGGGUGCUGAAGACCCUCCGCAGUUGGGGCCUGGAGAUCGACGAGGCCCUCUUCCUGGCCGGAGCCCCAAAAGGGCCCCUUCUGCAGAAGAUCAAACCGCACAUCUACUUCGACGACCAGAUGUUCCACAUCGAGGGGGCCAAGGAACUGGGGACCAUCUCCGCUCACGUCCCCUACGGGAUCGGACAGAAGUACCACGGGGGCAAACUCAUCGAGCCGUCCAAAAAGGAGUAAACUGCUUACGGACUCUUCCUUGCGGUCAUUUUUCCAUUUUGCUGGAUGAUUUUACUUAGGACUAUUAAAAAAAAAAUUAUUUUGUUACAUUACAAGUAUAUUACUGUAUAUUUUAAAGGUGAAAAGCUUCACCAGCCCACACACUGUUUGACUCAAUUUCAUCAUGCUGAAAAUAUCACUUUCAUUUUUGUUGUUUCAUUCAUUUUGAAUGGAGGUGCACAAUGGUAAAACAUUUUUUAAAAACACCUCAGUAAAUGAUCAUAUCGACUGUUUUUUGCUCAUUUGUUUGCUUUUUUUAAUUUUUUUUUAGGAAUUGAUCUAAAAUAAUGGUUAUAACUUCCAGUUAUUGGAAAAGGGAGGAAUGGAUGAUUUUUUCAUUUUAAUUACUUUUUAGAAGAAACACUGAUGCUGUCUGUCAUCGUUACUGCUUUUGUCGUACAUGCACUUUCAUGCACAUUCAGUUUUUUACACCUUUGUUCUCUUUUUCUAUCAUUUUUUUCCGUGUGUAAGAAUAUUGCAAGGUUUUUUUUUUGACUCACGACCAAGUGUUAAAAGUGUUACUUUUUUAAAAACACUCCCAACAAGUUGCCUUUUUGAAUUGUAUUUACCUUGUUACAGUAACCUAACUGCAAAUUUGCAUAAACAUUAGUUGUGUGUCAUGUUUAAAUAAAGCCAUCAAUCACUUGUUAA